CGGCUGCUGGACGUGUUUGCUGCUGUGAAGCAAAACGACAAGAGAACGAACGAGCGGAGCCUCAAGCCAGAAAUUGUAGCGGAAGGCGGACGACAAAGGACCAAGAGGCCGAGACAGACGACAGACAACGGAUGAACAACGCGAAAACGGCUGAAAUAAUUAAUAUUCCUCACCCAUGUUAAUGUUGCGAAUAGUAUUUACGAAUUUCCCAUAACCGCCUCCCAGUGUUUGUGUGCGUGCGUGCGAAAAAGUAGGUUACGGCAAGGAGGAAAGACAUUUUUUUGGAGGUCGGACGGUCGGUCGGUAGCAAAACUGUGUGUGUUUGUGUGUGGUAAAACGCUCACAAAUUUUCCGUGUGCAUGUGUGUGGACCGCGGGGUGCCAAGAAAAUGCAGUGCGACAAAGGCGAAAUCCAAAUGGAGGCUUGAUGGCGAAUAGCAAAUAGCAAAAAAAAGGAUAUAGCAAAUGAACGAACCAGCAGCCCAUUUCCCAAACACUUCGAUUCAUCGUCUUCAGUCGACAAGGGAAAAGUGAUAUUUUAUACAAAAACUGUGGCCUGCUUUUUGCACAGUUCAAAGUAACCCGAACACAUUCACACACGCCAACACUCACCCAGAACACACACACACACGACAACUAUAUAGCAAUAUAUGCCCAUUGAGUGCCUUAUAUCAUUUGAUAAUAAUCCACAAGGUGUCUACUAUGCCGGACAGGAGCUAUCCGGCGUUGUUGAUCUCAGCGUCGACGCAACCAAGCGCAUCAAAGGCAUUCACGUCACUGUCAGCGGCUAUGCCAAGAUACGCUGGAUAAAAAAGGGAUAUCCGCGCGACAGCGAGCGCGCCAUGUGCCGUGCCUAUCGAUCGUAUCUGUCCUCGCGGUCCUACGUGCUCGGCUCCUGCGCCAACAAUUCGAGCAUCGACUGGCCAGCCGGCGAGUACUCGUAUACCUUUCAUGUCAUUCUGCCCGACAACCUGCCCACGUCCUUUGAUGGCAAGUACGGCCAGAUACACUACGAGAUUAUAACGACGAUCGAGCGGCCGGCGCGUUAUCCGAAGGUCUUCAAGCUGCCAUUUACAGUGAUACAACCGCUGGACCUGAAUGCCGAUGCCAUUUACAGGGUUCCCUUGGAGAUCCUCGAUCGGAAGCGCUUCUGGAGCUUCUGCUGCCCCACUGGCCCGCUGACGGUGAAGUUUUCCACGCCUUACUGCGGCUAUGCGCCCGGCCAGAAGAUCCACUUUGUGCUGUACAUCAACAACGAGUCCUCGAUUGACAUCACCGAGUGCGAGGUGAAGCUGAAGCAGGAAGUGAGCUACGAGUCGCAUGAUCCGCAGCAUGAGUACCGCUAUGACAAGCACUUGAUCGCCAGGAAACAGUUUGGUAACGUGCUCCGAUGGUCACGGAAGGUAUAUCGAGGCUACUUGGACCUGCCCUCUAUACCGCCCACUUCGGUGAAGCCCACGUGUCCGAUUAGCGUAAACUACUCCAUUAAGAUCAUAGUCAAUCCCACGGAGUUCCACUGGAAGCUCAAACUGAAGAUCCCGCUGACCAUUGGCAGUAUACCGAUAAUGGAUGGUCCAGAGGCCUUGCUGCGCUUCAAUCGCCAGCAGCAACAGCACCAAGUAGUUAGUCAAAAUUUACAAAUGUCCACGCAGCAGCGACAUCAUCAAAGGGAUCGGGAUAGGGAUAGGGAUCGGGACAGGGAUCGUAAUCUGGAUCGGGAACGGGAACGGGACCGGGAUCGGGACCGGACAAGUGCCUCAGCUCAGCAGCGACGUCUCAGUAGCAUUACCAGCAUCACCAAUAACAACAACAACAACAAUCGUGGACGCUUUGUGGGUGGACUACUGCCGACCAAUAGCAAUAUAAAUAUGAUAGUGAAUGCCAGUCCCACGCCCACAAGCUCCACGCCAUCAUCAACGCCAACAACUGCCGCCCUCAGGCCCAUGGCAAUGCCAGCGAUACUGGUGACCAGCGAUAGCGAUAAUCCGCCGGACUAUAUACCCAUGAUGCCGCCCUCAUAUGAAGAUGCCAUGGCUCUGAGUGAGAAAUUCAGCGAUGAUACUGAGUUCUUGACAAACGUUAGCAUGAGCAGCAUUAUGUCCGCUCAGGCUGAUGUCACCACAAGUGAGCCCUUUAAGCCGCGUUAUCCGGUCUAUUACGAUUAUGAGACACCGACCAUACCGCCCGAGACGCUCUACGAUGAGACCAGCUCCCAGCUGCGCCUGACCCUCGGCUGCCAGGAUCCGGCGCCGGUGCCGGAUGAUGCGGAAUUGGAUGAGGAGGCGACCACGAACACGCCCGGCGGAGAGUCCUUCAGCUGCGAAAAGAAGUGAAACGAACGAGAUAUGGAAGGAUCUGAGCUGCUUCAAAAGUUAACCGCAAAACAACAAUUACAUAUUUACUCGUAAUCAAAAUAUAUUUAAAAAAACAGGAUAAUUCAAAGCAAGGCGCUAAAGUAUAGUAGUUCUUAAGUCUGAAGCCAAGGUGGACAAUUGGAGAUAGUAAAUCGAAGACAUUUUUAUAAAAAUCAAAUCAGAAACAAUAUAUAUAUUUUGCAGUGCGCUAUAAACUCUCUCUCUAAACUAAGCGGAUUUAAUUUUAGUCACAAUAAUACUUCCAAGCUUACUUUAUCUCUCCUUCUCUUUUUUAAGUUUCACUUGAAGCAAUUUACCUUUAUUUUUAUUCUAAUGGAAAGCAAAAUUGCAAGCAGGAUUGAAUAUGACAAUUCUAUAGGGGCCGCACACUACAGUGAUCACUGGCUACACAUAUAUACGAACCACGUAGUGAAACGUAGAAGAAAUUCCUCCUAAAAAUCCCUAUAAUUAAGAUAAACUCCCAAGAAAACUGCACAAUUUUAACCAGAAGAAGAGUAAUUAAAAGAAAAAACUAACAUUUUCCAAUAUUGAAUAUUGUAUUUAUAAAGUAUCUAUGAGAAAUUUACAAGCGAAUAUUAGCCAAAUUUUAAUUAGUUUCUAUGAUUUAACAUUACACUAUCAUAAAGUUGGAUCAAAGCCGUCAUCAUCAUCCUAGCCCUUAGGUGUCUAAAACUAAAUAUAUAUAUAUUUAUAAAUGAAAGUGUCUUUUGCUCUAGUUUAUAUACAAAAAUCCUUGUAUUUAGAUUGUGUAUAACCUUCUACUUCAUACUUUGUACUUCCUCUGAUUUUAAACUCAGUCUAACCUGCAAUCACAAAAGUCUAUUCCUAAGUCUAAACUGUCUUCAAUUCGAUUCAAACCGAUUCAAUAAAACUAAAUGAGCCAGAUAUAUAUAUUAUGUAUACCCCGAA